AUGGCCAAAGUUCCACGUAACUUUCGACUCCUCGAGGAGCUCGAGAAGGGCGAAAAAGGUAUCGGCGAUGGAAGCUGUUCCUACGGUCUCGAUGACGGCAGCGAUCUCAUGAUGUCCAACUGGAAUGCAACCAUCAUUGGACCAGGACACUCGGUGUACCAAAACCGAAUCUACUCGCUCAGCAUUCACUGUGGUCCUAACUACCCUGAUCGCCCACCCGAGGUCAGGUUCCUCACCAAGAUCAACCUGCCUUGUGUCAAGGCAGACGGCCACAUCGACUACAACGCCCUGCCCAUCUUUUCCAACUGGUCGCGUGACAGCACGAUCGAAACCAUUCUGUUGUCCUUGCGCAGAGAAAUGGCCUCUCCCGCCAACCGCAAGCUUCCACAGCCUGCAGAAGGCGCAGCGUACUAG